UAUUCCGUACCAAGGAGUUCGACACGGUACCCUGUGAGGAGCAACACCAGCCCUCCACAAACACACACAUACCCCUCCUUCCUUACCCUUUCACGUCCCUCUUCCCGGCCUUACCUUGCCUGUGUGCCGUGUGCCUUCCACCCCUCCCUCCCCCCUCCCGGAAGGAAGCGUGUUCACCACCAUGGCUGCAUCUUCGGCUACGGCCAUCGGCUCGGGCAACUCUCCGCUUGGUGUGUUCUUCAACCAGGACAAGACAGCAUUCUCGGUGGCUCUACCUACCGGGUAUCGCAUCUACAACACGGAACCUCUUUAUGAGAUUGGACGCCACACCUUUGAGCAGCGCGGCGGACUGUCGAUGGUCAUGAUGCUGUUCCGGACAUCAACAAUGGCGCUGGUGGGCGGUGGUGAUGAGCCGCAGUUUGCUCCGGUCAAGGUGGUGAUCUGGGAUGAGAUGGAUCCGCGGCUGAGCCUGAUCGAGCUCGGCUUCAAGUCCUUGGUCACCGGAGUCCGCCUCUCGCGCGCCUUUGUAGUUGUUGCGCUCAAAAAGUACACCGAGGUGUACUCGCUGACUCCGGCGCCGCAAGUCUUGUUCAAGUUCCAAACUGCCGAUAACGACGAUGGCGUGACUGCGCUCUCGCCGUCGUCAGCCUCAUCGCUCCUCGCCGUCCCGGACAAGACCCCGGGCUGGGUCCGCAUUGUCGACCUCAGCGCCGACUCGUCGUCGGCAAACCUGUUCAAGGCCCACGAGCACCCGAUUGCGAUCAUGGAGUUUAACGCUGAUGCCACCAUCCUCGCCACGGCUUCGACAGAGGGCACCAUGAUCCGGACCUGGGACACCCGCACCGGCCGCAAGCUCCGCGAGGUUCGCCGCGGUAAGACCAAGGAGCGCAUCUGCUCCAUUGCUUUUAACUACAACUCGGACUUUAUGGCCGUCUCCUCGCUCAAGGGCACCAUCCACAUCUUCUCCAUGUUCUCCGAUGCCUCUGGCGCUGCUGCCGGGUCCUCGGGCGCCGCGGCGUCAUCAGGCUCGGGCGCCGCCCCUCCGCCGACCUCGUCGUCCUUGCCGCCGGCUGACGGCAGCCCGGGCUCCAACUCGCGCUCGUUCUUUUCACCUAUCACCAGCUUCUUGCCCAAGACCCUCGUUCCGGCCUACUUCUCCUACGAGUGGUCAUUUGCCCAGUACCGCAUGGGCUCGCCCGGGCCUACCCGCCUCGCCUUUGGCCGCGAGGCCAACAUCCUCUACGUCAUCGGCCUUGACGGCUCCUUCUCCAAGCUUCGCUUCGACCCGGACGCCUCGCACGCCGAAGUCGAGCGCGAUAGCUACUACAACUACCUCGAGCUCGAGCCUGCCACGCUUUAGUCAAAGAUCGACUUGUACGCGCGCUUCUUCGGCUUGACCGAAGACGCCGGUGCCGCCGCCGCCGCCGCCGCCGGUGCAGACGUAGCUGUGCUAGCUGUAUCUGGCUCAGCCACGGGCGCAGCGUCGACAGCUCCCACUGCUGGCGCGGGUGUCGAUGUGGAUGCAGGCGGCCGUGCCGCCGACAGCGCUGCGGGCCGUGGCGGUGGUGGGACAUCAUCCAUCAUCUCAGCCACGUCCGACACAUCGUCGCUGACGCUGCCAUCGACAGCUUCAGCCUCUGGCCUACGCGCCUCAGGGCUCGACACGGCAUCGGGAGUGUUGUCAGACACGGGCACGGGCGGCGGUGGCGCAACCUCGUCCGAGUACAUCUCCUCGUGAUCGUCGUAAGAGUAGCCGUACGAAUACCGGUCGCGCCCGCGGCUCCAGCUGCGGCUCCGGCUGCGCCCCCUGUGCGGGCUCCGGCUCCGGCUAACGCUCCGGCUAAGGCUGCGGCUGAGUGACCGACCCGGACUUGGGCCCCGUCGCGGCGGUGACGCUGGAGAAUGCGCCGCGGGGCUCGGGCUGCGGGCUCUGUGUGGGCUCUGAGCCGCAGCUGGUGCCUCGGCCUCCGGAGCCGCCGGCUCUGGUGCCGCCAGUUCUGUCGCCAUUGGCUCUGCCACAACUGCCUCCUCUUCGGGGGCUUCGGCUCGUGCCGACCGCAGCUCCUCAACGCUCUGUGACGACCACGACCGUGCCCGCUGCGGUGAUGUUGAUCGUGACGCCGACGCAGUCUGCGACCCUAGCUCAGGUCCACGUCUUGUGACCGCCUGCUCGCGGAAUGAAGAAUAUCCCGAGUCAGAUCCGUCCGGCCCUUCCCGCCACGUCGAGCCCGAGUCGGAACGCGAUGCCCGCGCUGCCACUUCAGAUAACACCGAUGCAGAUGCUGCCGCUGACGCUGACGCUGAU